ACGUUUCAAGGUAAGUGAGGAGUGUCAGCUCUCACUCACAUGCACUGGUCUCCCAAUGAACAGCAAAGUCAGGCCUACCAUGUCCUUUCCUCCUUGCCUAAUUAGACUGUCAAUGUAAAUAAUUUCUUGGUAAAGUUAUUAGGCCACCACUCUAUUCUCCGACCAUCUAAUGCCUAUAUAUACACAUUAAACUCUCUUGCCAAAUGCAAACUCCGAAAAUCCAUAAUCAUGGCUAAACGCAGUUCUAGCAGCAAGAAGAAAAGUGGCAUUGCAAAGCUUAAGAUUGUUGUGGAAAGACUAAAUAGGAGCCUCUCAUUGGGAAGGAAAUCAGAUUCUUAUUCUGACGAGGUGGACGAAGUUAACGACUCAAAUAAUGUGCCCGAAGAUGUUAAAGAAGGUCACUUUGCGGUGAUAGCUAUGAAGGGUGAACAGCCGAAGAGAUUUGUGAUUUCAUUGAGUUAUUUGAGUCAUCCAAGGUUUCUGAAGCUGUUGGAGCGAGCGGCGGAAGAGUAUGGUUUUGAUCAUGAGGGUGCACUGACAAUCCCUUGCCGGCCGAGUGAACUUGAGAUGAUACUAGCCGAGCGAUGGCAGGAUCAGGAUGGAGAGUCUAGUGAUAAUGGUGAUGUACUCGUGGAGCUCUUAUGAAACUAUGGUCCAAAUUUGUUGAAAGAGGAUGUUUCUUUUUCUUGUUCAUUGUAGUAGAUACUUAAUUACCAGUUCUUCUGUAUUGUUCAUAUUUCUUGACUGGAAAUUUUUUGUUCCCAGCAUAUAUAAUUUUGGAGCAACAUUCUGAAAUUCGUUGCAUAGAAAUCUAUUAUAGUUUU